AUGAGAAAAGUUAAAAUUGCGCUUUUUGGAGACCAUAGUGUUGGGAAAACCUCAUUAAUAAGAAGAUUUGCAGAUGACGAAUUUAAUCAAGAUACUCUUCCUACUUUACAAUCUGAAUUCAUCAGUCGAAUUUAUAAUUAUGAAGGUGUCAAUUAUCAAAUACAAAUUUAUGAUACUGCUGGUCAAGAAAAAUUUAGGUCUUCAUCGUACGCUCUAACUCAUGCUGUUCAAGGCGUUAUUUUAGUUUAUGAUAUUACAAGAAGAGAUUCUUUUACAGAAAUUGAAUCUAUUUUGGCAAAUAUACCUAGAGAUAGACGUAUUAUUUUAGUUGGAAAUAAAUCGGAUCUAGGAAAUGAUCGAGAAGUUUCUACAGAAGAAGGUACAAGGUUUGCAAACGAGCAUGAUUUGCCAUUUUUCGAAACAUCAGCCGAGUUUGUGUCAAACGUUGUAGAAUCAUUCGAAAGAUUAAUUCAGAUGAUUAGAGAUAAUCCUCCCACCGAAGAUGGCAUUCAACUUACGGAAGGAAAUGGUAAUAAUAGCAAUCAAAAGAAGGGCUGCUGUUAA